AUGAAUGGUUCUUCCACUUCUCCUAUUGAAAUAAGCCUCUGGCGCACUUGGGCCCUGACUGUCACUCAUGAGGCAUGUGAAUAUACCGAACAGAAAUUCAAUGCAGAGAAGAUAGGAGGAGACCUGGUGAUACCUUCUCCUAACCUAGACACUGAUCUGGUGAUGGCUUGUGAUCAAUUGGUAGAUCGCCUCAUAAAGGCAUAUAAAAAUCCCAUUCAGAUGCAGAUCGAUAUAGCAAGAUAUAGCAAAUUGAUCUCCCCGAUGAACACCAGGAAUAAUGAAGAGAAAGAGGAGAAGUUGCUUGAGAGAUGUCCUCCUGGCCAUGAGGGGACAAAGUUGGUCGACAUACCUGCCACAAUUCUCGAUGUGUCCGGUACCAUCAUUGCAUGGUACCUCCCAGACACCCUGACAGCUGCAACCCAGAGGGAAAUUUGGGCAGCCACCAAUCUGCUCACUCUGAGUCUGGAAAAAAGUGUAAAGGUCGAUGGCAAUUGGCGAACUAAUUCGGAGUGGUUCAAACACAGCUCUGAAGAUGUUGGCUUAACUCCCGGGUGCAUGAAUUUAUCUCUGGCGUGGUUUCAACAGGGGCACAAGAAUUUGUCAGAUCCAGAGGUAUCUGCAUCAUUGAAGGGACCAUUCAGUGAGAAAAUCCUUAAGGCUAUUGCAAGGCCAGCAGCCAUCACAUCAGCAGCACUCAGGGUGAUGCAUCCAGAGCAGUACUGGGCAGGGUUACGAACCUUUGCAACCCUCAGAGAAAAGGCAGAAAGCAAGGAACUGCCACAGAUGUCUGAGACCCUCCAGUACUGGGCAUCGGUGUUUAACUCCCUCUCCAUCAUUUCCAAUCGGCAAACCCCGAAUCAUCGAGACCAUUUAUCCAUUCUGGAAUGCUUUGAUAUUCUCACCACCAUGGGGAAUUAUUCCAAUGCUCACAUUAGAUUGUUAGACAUGGGGUUCAUGAAGUGGAAGGGGAUCGGGUUGCGUGGGCAUGGUAUAUGA